CUUCAUCAAUCGCCUCGACACCUACAACGCUUCAUUUACUCCUCUUUCUACCUUUUAAGCCUUGCUCAGCUUUGACCUUACCUGUCACUUCUAAUAGACACCUCCACUGAUACCGUCCCAGCAACCAAACAUGACCUUGCCGCCUCCUAAACUGUAUCCCUCCUCCAUCAUCUGUUGUUUGUCCCCUGUUUAAGAUCCCGGUCUAUCGGUCCUGACCACGGUCAAACUUGUCUACAACUGUGUUCCUGUAUACCUCUACCUAUCCACCUCCUUGAUUCCCCAGUCUGGGCCUUUCACAAAUUGCCAAAAAGCCUCGACGGAUCGUCCAAUGCCUGCAAUGCCCUUCUAGGAGACUGUGCAACGACGCAAGACUUGGUCGAUCCUUUGCCUGUUCGCAAUCUUGAUCUUCUACCAUCGGGGCUCCCUGGAUCAGUUCCUUGGCGAACUUUGGGUUCGGUUUCGAGAGAAACUACUGCAAUUAUUACUCGAUCUCCCCUGGUGGAACACCCUCCCGCCAGGCCAAAGGCUUGCAGGGCAAGCUAUUCUGCUGGCUUUCCUCGGCCCGCCAGGCGCAUAUAUCGACCUCAUCGAUCAAGUCUUGCAGCGAGAGAUUGGACCCCUUGGAGGCUUUGCAGACACUGAUUUCAAUGAGGAGAUUUAAAGACAGCUGACCCAGAAACCACGGCGUCCGUCAUGAACAAAUCCAUAUUUGAGCGUAUAUUCCCCCACUCCCCAACCAGCAGACUACCACAGUACAAUGACGAUGACGAUUACACUUCUCUUUAUGCUUCUAGAUCACCCUCCUCCCCCCCUCGAAUCUCGCUCCGUGAUUCGAGAUCUUCGUCCUCUUCUCAAGCUCUCCGUUCUCUCUCUCCCAGGCAGACCUCAUCUCCUGCAAACAAACCUGCCAUACGUUCAAAUGACCCUUUUCUCCACAUCACCCGCGCAUCCAAUCAACUACAACGUACUUUUCAAACCCUCCUCGACGCUCAAUCCGAAGGGCUAAGCGCUGGGAUUGGACUUGAGGAUGACACCUCAUCAUUCGGUAGUCCCACUCCGACUCCAUCCCAUACCAACCCUGUAAAAGGUGGCAACACAGUUCAUGGGCCGAAGGUCAUUCCUGUUCGUCAACCGCGGGUCCGGAAACUGACGUUGCGAGCGGCUCGGAAAGGCCUUUUCAAUGCAAUGCGCGAACUUGCAGACAUCAAAUCCCACGAAACUUCUUCUAUCGACCAAGAAAUUCAAGCUCGAGAACAAGCGGUUAAGAUUGCUGCAGAUCUCGCCGCACAAAGGACGACACUUCAAGGUGAAAUCGACAACAUUCGACACCAAGGAAGCUCUCGACUUUGGAAAGAUGACUUGGCUCAGGUGGAGCUCGAAAUAAGGACGCUGGAAAACCGUUUGUCGGAGUUACGAGUGCGCCAGCGAUAUUUGAGCUCCAAGAUUGAAGAGGACAUUAGCACCAAAGAAUCCAAGUUGAGUUCCUACCGGGAAGCCUUCCGACUCGGCGAAGCAAGAGAGGUGGAGUUCUUGCGAAAUCCACCCAUCUCACAAGGUCUGGCCACGACCGGGGGCCUUCACCAAACCUUCUACACCUUGAAGCCGGAUCGGAGAACCUUGGAGAUGGCCAUGGAUCAAUGGGGCGCAGAAAUCGAAGAAUUACAAACGCGGAGAAGCAAGGUUGAGAAGGAAAAGGAUGCGUCGAUGGAUGGAUCUCGACUCUGGAGAGACGCAGUCAAGCGUAUCAUCGAAUUCGAGAGGGACCUGAGGGCUCAAACGCAGGAGCUCAGUGCCAGCCAGCUUCAGUCAUAUUCAGGUGAUUCGCAUCUUGCACGCAUUGGAUUGUCGACUUCGAUGGAAGUCGUGGUGACCAAGCUUACAACCUUGAUCCACUCACUUGAAUGGGACCUUGGUCUUGCGGAAAAGAGGGGUUGGAACUUGCUUGUUGUUGCGAUUGGGGCUGAGGUGGCAGCUUUCCAACAAGCCAGAGAGCUCUUGAGCCCGACCAAAGGCCUCACAAACGAGGACGAUUUGAUCGAGGACAGCUUGAGCGAGAGCAAUAUAGACCAUCAAGACGAUGAAAAUGCCGACCUUGUGACCGCAGACGAACCCACACCCAUCAAUACCAACGGUAGUGGGACUUCUUUUACGAACAAAACAAUCACGCCAACUCGCAGCCCGAGUCGACCGGCGAGCGUGACGAGCAACCAAAGCCUCGAAGACACAUUGCGAGAAUUUGCACCGUCGAAGUCGACUGGAGCUUCCAUCAUCGUCAAUCCUCGCCGUACGAUUAGUACAGACCGGAAUGAUAAUGAUGGCCGACGGAACGAGACACAGCGUGCUGAUGGAUAUGCUGGAAAGCCGCUCGGCCGCAGCAUGUACCAGUCGCAGGGCGAAGCCAGGGUGUCCCCCGAAAAUCCCCUCACAACCAGUGCCAGCUCGAGGCACGGAUCGGGUGAGAAAGUGAGUGGUGAUGGCAAAGUUUCCGAACUCCGUAGCCAGAAAGAUACUUCUCAUGUGAGCCUGAGCCAUGGACCUGGGGACGACGACGAUGACGACGACGAUCCGAGUCCCGAUUUCUUCCUGUCACAUUCGUGAACAUGGGGCAAGUUUAAAGGGGGAUGGAUAUAUGUAGAUAUAUAUUUCAUGGAGCUGCCAGAUACUUGACAGCACCAAGGUAGAUAGUCCCAACAGGGGGCGGGGACUUUUCACAAAGCGGAGGGUGAAGACAAAUCCAUUUGGCCGAGCUCAAGGCUCUGUAGAAGAUAUGGCUGAGCCCACCCAGAUGGUGCUUAGUGCACUCUAUUGGAAGCUGUGUACGAGGCUAGGUCGCAUUGAUUGUUCGGAUUGGAAGGCCAACGCCUCCUCAUUACCCAC